ACGGUGUGCAGCAGCUUCAGUCGGUCCGGACGCGGUGUCCUCUGUGGACGGAGGCAGCCUUCGUCAGGAUGAGGAGGAGCCCGCUGCCGGCGGCUCGUGGAGGCGCCGCCGCGCGCCGCUCGGCCGCUGCCUCCGCUCCAAACACCUCCGCCGGCUCCUGCAACACGACCAGACCCGGUCCAUGCUGUCUCCCUCUACACAGGCAGCGAUGAACGCUACUGAAUGAGAGCUUUCAGGGAGGAAGCGUCUGUUGGAUUGUGUUUUUUUUUUCUUUGAUGGCAACUUGACGCGAAACUUUACUGAAAUUGUGAGGAUUUGAUCCAAGGAUGCGCCGCAGAGGAUUCAUCCGAGCGCGCAACUUUAUUACUUUUAUCUUUGUUCCCGUGAUUUUUGUGACUCCUUGCGGAAUAAAAUCAAACACACGAACUAUGAACUUUCUUAUGUGGAUGUUAAACUUGUUACUUUGUUGUAACUGCGACGCACAGAUGGGGUUUGAUGGUCCUCUGUCCGCACAGGAGCAGAUGUUCAUCCUGUACGAAGUCAAAAUGCAGUGCUUUCAGAACCUGUCCAACAUGGAGCCGGCCAUCGCAGCAGGACUUCUUCGAGCGGCUGUACAUCAUGUACACCACUGGCUAYGCCGUGUCCUUCAGCUCUCUGCUGGUGGCCAUCAUGAUCAUUGGAUAUUUCAGGCGUCUUCACUGCACCAGAAACUACAUCCACAUGCACYUGUUUGUUUCCUUCAUGCUACGGGCGGUCAGCAUCUUCAUAAAGGACAAAGUUGUUUAUUCCAGCGCCGGUUUGCAGGACUUUGACUCGGCCCUGAUGGACAACUUGAAAACAGUUAGCAUCGCUUCACUUGACAAGUCUCAAUACAUCGGCUGUAAGGUGACGGUGCUGCUCUUCAUCUAUUUUCUGGCCACCAACUAUUACUGGAUCCUGGUGGAAGGCCUCUACCUGCACAGCCUCAUCUUCAUGGCGUUUCGGUCUGAUUCCAAAUACCUCUGGGGCUUUAUUCUUAUAGGCUGGGGUGUGCCGGCUCUUUUUGUGGCGGUCUGGGCGAUUGUCAGGGCGACGCUGGCGGAUGCGAGGUGCUGGGAGUUGAGUGCUGGUAACAUCAAGUGGAUCUACCAGGUGCCCAUUUUGACAGCAAUAGGGCUCAACUUUAUUCUGUUUGUGAAUAUUGUUCGAGUUCUGGCCACGAAGAUACGAGAGACCAACGCAGGGCGAUAUGACACCAGGAAACAGUACAGGAAAUUAGCAAAGUCCACCCUGGUUCUGGUGCUGGUCUUUGGGAUCCACUACAUCAUCUUUGUUGGCAUGCCUCACACGUUUGAGGGAUCAAGCUGGGAGAUCCGGAUGUACUGUGAGCUUUUCUUCAACUCAUUUCAGGGCUUCUUUGUGUCCAUUAUCUACUGCUACUGCAACGGAGAGGUCCAGACAGAAAUAAAGAAAACGUGGACCCGCUGGAACCUGGCCUUUGACUGGGAGGGCUCAGUGGUCUGCGGGCGGUACCGUUACGGCUCCGUGGUUGUGGGUCUGAACAACAACAGCACCAGCAGUCAGUCUCAUCUGGCGGGCGGGGGGCUUUCCACGCGAUCCACCACGGUGGCGUCGAGCCGCAUGWGUCGGAGCGCAGGCCCCCCCUCCAUCAACGUGCACGCCACCCUCCCGGGCUACGUAAUGACUAACUCGGACCCGUCCAUACCCGAAGAACCCGAGGACAGUGGCCCCAAACAGGUGGAUGACAUCUCACUGAAGGAAAACCUGCCGGUCCUGAAUACGAGCGCGACGGCAGAGGAUGAGGAGGAGACUCUGUAGCAGACAAUAAUAAUAAUUAUAAAAGGAAAAACUGUGAAGAACUCUGCAGAUGGAGCUUUGCAACUCAUUGUCUGCUGGAAUUCAACAGAAUUAUGACAAACAAACAAACAAACAAACAAGUCUGACUGAACUUCAGUAAACGGAGAAGCAGUUCUAACUCCAGAUAUGAGAGGCCAUUUAGGCCAUAAUCCAAACUUGCGCUCACAUUCACUAUCAAACCUGAAACAGCAACUAGAACUCAUGGACAUCUUUUUUAAACUCAACAAACGAAAACAUGAAUGAAAUACAAAGUAAAACCUUAAAAACAAUGAUUUAUCAUUGGAAAUGGACAUUUAUACGUGUUUAGUCUCAUCUUGCUCGGCUGUGGCUUCUGGSUGUUGGUAAACAGUGAUUUACUCUGUUAGGAAGUUGAAUAAGAUAAGAUAAAGCAAAGAGCUCUUCUGUUUCCUGUGAACCCAACUGUAAAUAUAAUUUACUGGAUUUAACAUAAAAUAGAGAAACAGUGUUUCACAUGGUGCACAGCACUGAUUGUUUGAUUUUAGGUGAAUUUAUUUGAAUUUUGUAACCUCCACUUUUGCUGUCGACUGGUAUAAAACCGCAAUCAAAACAAGCACACUGAUGAUUGUUUACAGUUUAAAGGAGUAUAAAGAGUUUGUAAUAAGAUGGAGACAGCAGUAGCAGCAUGAUGACUGAGAAAAGUAAAGAUCCCCCAGAAUGUUGCAGGUUGAUGAAAUUAAUUUUUUCCAGCGAGUGUUCACAGUUUUUUUAAUUUAAUUUUCAGUAUCUUUUUCAUGAACUCGAUGAAAUAAAUAACAUUCAUGCAGAUGAUAAAACAGCCCCAAAAUUUAAUUUAUUUUUGUAUUGUGGAUCCUAAGAGCCGAAGAAACAUCUGCAACUUUUAAUUUUUUUCUCCUCUAUGUUAUAUUUUUUGGUCACUUUACAACUAACUUUCGGCAUUUUUUAGGUUUCCAUGUAUGAAGUUAAAUCUGGUAACCUGAUGUGUUAGAUCAGGAUCAAUAAUGGAUCAAGUCAACACUGACUUUCAGUUUUUAGUUGUCAAAUUAAAAAUAAAGUUGAAUAAUUCCAUAAAUCAAUCCAGGCUGUUUUAAUCUGCUAACCUAUAGGCCUAUAUCUAACCCAGAUUAAAUUAAGUACUKUUUAACCMUCUUGAGUAAAUUCACAAGCCUAGUCUCUAUGURAAKCUAUCAAUCUGAUUUUUAACUUCAGCAGUCAUAAUGUUUGUAACUGUAACUUUGUUAUUUAAGUCAAAAGACACUAUAACUAUUAUUAUUAUUAUUAUUUCUUUUUGUUUCAUUUCAAAAGCUGCACAUCAACUAAAAUAUAACUUGAUUGGCUACACAGCUGUGGUGUCAGAAUGAAGCUCAGAGCUGAUUGGCCGAUUCUAGUUAAUCAAUCGUGUACAAUGUAUGGGUGGGACAUAAGGGGCUUGCCACACAUUUUGUGCUCUGGAGAGUCUAUAGAUGAACCCAGUUGGUUAAAAGAGGUGUCAAUCAAGAGAAGACCAUCAAUCGAAUUGUUUGAACAGCCUAUURUGCAAAUUCAAAGUGUCUGGUAGCGAGGGUCAGGGUAUGAAGAGGAAGGAAGUACCCAAAAGCUGAAAAUGUACCGCGGGCCGUACAUUGAGGGUUAAGAAAURUUCUGACUUUAAUUUAUAGGAUGAAAAAUGUAAAGAGAACGAGGGGCCAGGCCUAAAACAUUUUUUCAUAACAUUGUCAAUUACACAUUUUUUCUGCAAUUACAGCCCAUUUUUUAAUCUUACUGUUUUUAUUACGUAGUUCUUUCAAGUUAGUUUUUCUUUAAACAUGAAGUUAAUUCAGCCAAAUCUCAGUGAAAUAAAAGGGCUCAGACUUUUGUCUUUGUCAAAAAUAAGAAGUUACAAUAACUGAUUCAAGACGAAGAGGUCACACAGAAAAUCAUUUUGAUAUUAAUAAAAGCUGACAUUGAUAACUUUGGUGUAUGUCUAUAAAAACAAAACAUUUUUUUCAACUCAGGUGAUGUGGAAACACUGUUGACCCUGACCGCUAACAGCACCUAAAGUCACUAAAACAUUUGCAAACUUAAUCUGCUGAUCUGCUUUGACCUGGUUCCUGCUCAUGAAUUCACAGGGAUCUAAMUUUCAUCUCAACAUUCAACAAGUGCCUCAUGCCUAAUUAGUGGUAGAUGCUUUAUCAGUUGACAUUUUUUGCACCUUUUCUCAUUUGUGCUUCUUAUUAAACAGUUGAUAUAUUGUACUGUUCAGCUUACAUCAGUGAAAACAAUGCAACAGAACUGGUGAGGGACCAAAACUGUGUUAAUGCCCUUUUUUUAUCGUCACGGUCCAUAAACAUCASCAAGAGCCAAGGGAAAAGUAUGAGAGGCCCUUUAGGCCAGUAUGUGUGAAAGUACAUGUGAGAGCAAGUUUGAAUUAUGGCUUAAACGGCCUCUCAUAAAAAAAAGACUUAAAACGUGAGGUCAGUCCACAUUGUGAAUAGUUGUGCGUUUUGUAAAGAAACAAACAAAAAAGUGUUUAAAAAUAAGCAAUGUAUUUUUUUUCCUUUAUGUAAAUUGUUCACAUUUUUCACCAUAAAGACAACAUUAAAUCUAACUCYACUGUCAGUCAUGCUGGCUGUUAAACARUGGAGGAGAGCCGGUGGUUAUUUARCUGUCUGUUUGUUGCAUGCGUGGUCCUCUGCAGCUGCAGAAGCUUUAAAAUCCUGACUUGAAAGAAUGGUUUUAAAACAUUUUAAAAGCCAAAUUCAUUCAUUUUUUCAAUGCUUAUCUGUGUUUGUUUUUUUUAAAUGAUCCUCUUGUCUAUCCUGUCUCUUAGCUGAAAAUAAAUGUCUAAUGAUUUCUGCAA